CAAGAUUUUGGCCUUCUAAUUCUGGGUAUUGCAACACAAAUCUCCAACUUCCACGCGGACAGACAGAGACGAGGGGAAGAGAGUUGAGGAGAGAGACUGGAAAAAAAUGGAGUUCGAAACAGUAAAAAAGUACUUGGAAAAACCAGGCAAAGAAGACGAACCUACAAAAAUCCACAAUCUUCCUUUUAGAUUCUUCGAUUCUUUCAUCAUUCAUGGCCUUCAUCCUGAAAUCAUCGAACCUGGUCGCGUACUCUGUUCCUUCAAAGUCCCUCCUCGUCUCCUGAAUACUGCGAAUACUUUACACGGUGGUGCGAUUGCGUCGUUGGUGGAUUUGGUAGGAUCCGCUGUUAUUUACACUGUUGGAGCUCCAUCUACUGGUGUUUCUGUUGAAAUCAACGUCUCUUACCUUGAUGCUGCACUUAUCGAUGAGGAGAUUGAAAUUGAAGCCAAGGCUCUACGUGUUGGGAAAUCGAUUGCUGUCGUCAGUGUAGAGUUAAGGAAGAAAGGAAGUGGGAAGAUCAUAGCUCAGGGGCGGCACACCAAGUACCUUCCAGUAUCUAGCAAACUUGACUCGGAUGCUUUCAGGUUUCAGAAUUGCAUAAGAUUCAGGACUGACAAUAAAAAAUGGUAUAUAAAGAAACUGAAAAUGGAAUCGGCAUCUCCAGGAGACUGAAAGAUUCAAUGGUGAUGAUCACUGAGUCCAAGUUCUUUGCAUGCUUGCUGGAGCUCCUCGAUGGUUAUAUAACCACUGCUAUCUUUGUCAAAAUAUGCGAAUGCAGAUGCCAGGUUCUCCUCUCUCUCCAAUUUGUUUAGGUGCAGCGUGGCAGCAACAAAUUCUCCAUAGUCUAUGGUCCCAUUUUCGUCAACAUCUGCCUGCCAAGUGCCAACAGGUAA